AGGAUUCCGUAGCGGCUUAAAUACCGAUGUGCAAAUAUGGCGGACACUGGGUGAAGUUUUGACGAUGGUUCGAGGAUAUUUUGCGACAAAUUACCCCAGUUUCAGUUGUUUUUCUGCUAACGACAAUAACCAAUGACUUGCAUAUCUGCUGUCGUAUUUCUUUAGCUUUGAUUUAAUCGCUUUUACUCUCCUCAUGUAGAGAAACGACACAUUCAGGCAACUUUCUGAUGCCGGUAAAUAGACUGGAAUCUGCUCGCCUAAUUCAGACUGACAGCACAUUACAACUGUUCUGCUCUUAUAUUUAUUUUAUUUUAUAGCCUUCAAGCAGUUUAACAUUUUCACAUCUAUUUCACGUCUUAAUUUUAGUCAUCAUAACAUGACCUUGAGUUGAAUAGCUCGGUUUAUUCAGCAGUAACAGGUGGAUAUUGACAAUCCACUUUCUGAUUGUAGAUGCUACUCUGACGUUUGCGCUAAAAUGUCUCGAUUUAGUACCUCAAAUCCACACCACAACAUGUUCUUACAUCCGUUUUGAUGAAUGCUAAUGCCACUAAUAAUUUUUUGCUAUUGUGACGUAUAACUUCGUCACUCGCGACGCUAAUUUUUCUGUAGUUGUGCGAGUUUUAACUCUGCAGCGAUGUGCAAGCUGCUCAAGUAUUUCUUGAGCCACUCCCUUUACGCUGCGAUGACCCAGCUGGAUGAAGCCAACAAAGGGGUCAGCACAUGGUCAUCCAUCCGUUACCUCGGUUAUCUGUCCAGUCUGACCUCCCUAGUGGCCAUUUGCCUGGGGAUUUAUGUACAAUGGGAGAAAACUGCAGACACUAUCAUCUUGGUCAUUUUUAUUUUGGGCCUCUUUGUUCUUGGGAUUGCCUGCAUUCUCCACUAUUAUUUCGGCAUGGAGAGCGUCAGCCUCUUUCUGUUGCAUCUGUGGUUUGGUUUCCUUCUGGGUUUAUUGUGCUUCAUCAGUGUCCCGUCCAAAGAGCUUGAUAUCAAGGAACAGGUGGCCAACUGUAUGUUAAUAGCGAGCAUGGUUAUACGAAUACUUUGGGCUUUGGUUGAAAGAAUGUGCGGUUAUACUCGACAUCAACCCGCUUUCCUCACCUCAAGGGAAGCUCUGGAGCUCACAGGCUUCGCUGUGGCCAGCACGACCCUGGUCGGCAACAAAUCUAUAAGCCUUGUAGUCCUGACACUCGCUUUGGCCGCUGUAAUCGUGGACUUACGCAUGAAGUCCUUCUUGGCCUUCCUAAACCUGACCUGUUUCUCUGGGAUCGCUGCAUUCUUCUUCGAGGAGACUUUAGGAAUGUUCACCAACCCCUUCGCCUUGUCUUGCUUCUUCAGCCGCCUCGUCUGCGACCCAUUCCUGGACGUCUACUUCAGUGGACUUUCGGUCACUGAACGCUGGUCACCACUCCUGUCGAGAAGAGGCCUGUGGAGACACUUAACUCUUCUUCCUCUGGUUAUCGUGGAGGUAAUGUUUCUGGUCAUGGCCGCUCUGAAGAUGAGAGAUCUGGAUCGGUGGUACCUGCUCAUCCCGGGUCUCUCAGCAUUCACCAUUUUCUGGAUCAUCUGCCACCUGGUUUUCCUCGUCACGCUGUGGGGUUUUCACAGUAAGCUGAGUGACUGUCAGAGGAUGUGCAUGGUGCACACAUCAGAGGCUGGAGAACUGGACAGGGUCAUGGCGUCUAAGGGGAUGCGACACUUCUGCCUCAUCUCAAAACGCCUGGUGCUCUUCAGCCUGAUGUCCACCAUCAUACUGGGGGCUCUGGGUUGGCAGCCGUCCAACAGUCUGUUUAUUGCCUUGUUUCUGCUGGUCCUGCCUCUUGAAUCACUAGCCCACGGCCUCUUCCAUGAGCUGGGAAACAGUCUUGGUGGAACCUGUGUCGGUUAUGCUGUGGUGAUUCCUACCAACUAUUGCAGCCCAGAUGGUCAGCCCACACUCCUGCCCCCGGCGCAUGUGCAUGAGCUCAACUUGCGAUCCACAGGGAUGCUGAACAACGUGCAACGCUUCUUCUCUCAUCACAUGAUUGAGACCUACGGUUGUGAUUAUUCCACGAGCGGCUUGUGUCUGGAAGCCCUGCAAGCCAAGCUCCGCAUAUUCAUGGAGGCGCACACGGCUGACGGCCCACGACACGACUCCUACGUGCUCUAUUAUAGUGGCCACACCCACCGCAGUGGAGAGUGGGCUCUAGCAGGUGGCGAUGUUUUGCGUCUAGAUGAGAUUGUGCAGCUUUGGAGGGAGAAGAACGCCGGAUCCUGUUCCCGCCUCAUCAUUAUUCUCGACACCGACAACUCACUCCCCUGGGUGAAGGAGGUGCAGAAAAUCGAGGGACUUUAUGUUGCGGUUCAAGGGGCAGUGCUCUCUAGUCCCACAGACCUGGAGAUCCAGGACACGCCUCAGCUCGGGGACUUCACCUGUCAGUGGGUCGAUUUUAACUGCAACCCUGACAGCAUUGUUCGGUGGUCCAAUCGUGGGCGGUCCGUCCGAGCUGCCUAUGGCAUCUCCAGACUCUGGAGUGACUACAAGCUUCACCUGCCCUCUGAUAGCGACGUCACCAGGCACUGGAGACUCUACUUUCCUCGCUUGACUUACCCUGUGGUUCAGCUCGCCCACUGGUGCGGCGGGUUGAACCUGUUUUGGGUUUGCAGCUACUGUGUUCGGCUGCUCCGAAGGAUCAAACUCACAUGGUUCCCGCCUGCGGUGCUUGAUACAGGCCAGGGUUUCAAGCUGGUUAAAUCGUGAAACAGGACUGAGAGUGUGAGGGUACUGUAAGCAGACAUGGUCAGGUGACGCUCGCCUACGGCAGCUUUAAGUUGUAUGGACCAGAGCAGCAAUUUAUGAAAUCUCAGGUGU